CGAAGGCUGGAAGUUGAUGAAAAUGAUUUGACAAGCAGCGGAAGCUCCGGUGCCACUCCGAAUGCUUUCCUGGGGCUCACCUCGUCGGUUUCCACGGCGGAUGCCAGCCGCUGUCACAACACCGGAACUCGGCGAGGGCGCACGCAAAGUUCACCUCCAGCAGUAUGUGUGUGUGUGAGAGAAUUCAUGUGUGCUCAGUCUGUCUGUCUGUCUGUCUAAUAGACUGACCCCCCAGCACGCUGUUUAAAGGGAAGACAAGAGAGCUGAGUCAACGAAUCACAAGGAGAAGGAUGCAACAGUUGAUGUGCGCAAGUUGCACAGUUUUCUUGUGUUUGGAGACGGCCUGCACACAAGGAGGACUGCGGCUAUGAUCCGAGUGGAGAAAAGAUCGGAUGUUUUGCUGCUUUAAAACUCAUCUGUCAGAUCAAAUCACACAGCAGAUCCGCGCUCCUUCCAAGCGGCGGGUGUAAAAGUUCGGCCGUCCACACGCCGUUGUCUGUUUUUGUCGCCCCGAAAUGGACAUUUGGACUGAAGUGCAUUUGGAGGGACUUCAUGCUCUGCUGGAAUGGAGUUGAAGUGGGGAUUUCGGAUGGUCUGCGGCGGUGAGUAGCAGUGCAGUCUGCACCAAUAUGCAUCGGAUUCUGCAGAGGAGGCGAGUGCGCAAGCUGCGGGUCGUCUGGGCUUCUCUGGCCCUGGUGGCUCUGUCUCUGGCCGCAUGCAGCGCGCUGUUCACGGCGUGGACUUGGCGACAGACGCGGGACCUGUCUCAGUCCUUCAAGAUCCUGCAGGACCGACUCGAGCAGGUCAAUACACAGAGGAAGGCCAUUGUUCAGCUCAUUCUGGAGAAGAGAGAGCUGCUGGUGGGGCAGAGAGUCAAGAGAGACGGGGGGACGCUGCGAGGGAAGAAUGGAAAUGGAAAGAAAGCAGCGUCUCAUUUUGAGAUAACCAAAGUCUCCUCUCAGCAAGUUGGAGAAGGUGGUGUGAUAAAGGGCUGGGAAGAGAGGACGUUGAAUAUGAGUAAAGCAGUGCGGUACAACAAGGAGCAAGGCACCUUCACUGUGGAGAAAGCGGGCGUCUACUUCCUGUUCUGCCAGGUGUUGUUCAAUGAGCAGCAGUCUCAGUAUGUGAAGCUGGAUGUGGUGACCAGCGGCCAGAGGCCUCAGAAGCUGCAAUGCAUGGAAGGAUACGGGACGACCCCCUCCGCUGGGCCGCACCCUUUCCACUUCCUGAAGCCCUGCCAGGUGUCUGGCCUCCUGCGACUGGACAAAGGCACGGAGCUCCAAGCCAUUACAGGCUCGUCCUUCAGACUCCACACUGUAGGCAGUCCUUCGGCCUCGCCUCACGUCUUCAGUAUCUUUAAAGUCAACUGAGGCUCAGUGCUCAACUGAGCUGGGUUGGAAACUUUUCACGCGUACACAAACUCAUCUGAGUGCAGCAAAAUUAACUUGUUUUUGUACGGAUUAGAGGGUUUUUUUCGACAUGGUGAAACAGUCAUAAGCAGUCAAGGCAUCACAUAAUGCUACAGCUUCUUCCCAAAGACGUUAAUUUGAAAGACAAACCUGACAUUUGUGGAAGCUGGUAUGGAAUUUUUCUCUGGACUGCGGGGCUGUUUUGGAACAGAUUUUGGAUUAAAACCAAGACCCACAGUGAACAAAAUGCCUCGAUGAAUGUCUGCCUAGAGAACAGAUGUGAUGGAAGCUGCUCUGUAGAUACAGAGCUCCAUAUAAAAAGAAAAUUCCUUGGAUGUUCAUCUUAGCCUUUGUAUCAUGCAAUAAAUUGUGCUUACACUCUCUUUAUAGGACUGACAGUAAAACUGUGCAUGCACCUUGCACUUCCACAGCUGAGAGCACGUCUGUGAACGUCGACACUAUAAAAGCCUACAUGACUUGUCAUUGAUAUUUUAUACAAUGCAGCGUCCGUGUGUAUGAAAUCUUACGAAUCAAACUAUUCUUGUUUAAACUGAUUUUAUGAUCUUAACAAUGCAAUGUGUAUGAGUGAGUGUGAAAUUACUGCAAGCCUUUUUAAAAAAAUACUUUGUAUAUAUAUAUAUGUCACAUUUUUACGUAUGUGCAUCAAGUCAGGAGCUGGUAAAGAAAGGGGAACAUUUUAAAUAACAUGGAUGUGAAUUUGUUCUCUUUUCUAGGGUCAAAUGUUUGUAUACUUUUGAAAAGUAGAUGCAAGUUAUAGUAAGCAAAGCAUACAUCUUUAAAUACAGCUUUCUCUGUCUUCUUCUUCCUUCUGUUUGAUGACAAUAACCAUCACGUCUAUGCUUUUUUGUCAGUUAUCUGACAGUUCAUCAGUAAAUCAAAAUAGAAUUGGGGAGGCUCUAACUACAACUAUAGUUGAAUUUACUCUUUCAAAUCAAGUACACAAAGUGUAAAGAACUUUACAUAAAUGAUUUACUUACAAAUAACACCAGAAAGUGAAACAUCAAAAACUAUUGGAUGGAUUUCCAUGAAACUGGUGCACCCAUUCAGACACCACUCAUCAGGAUAAAUUGAAAUCACUUUCUGGGUCAAUCAACAGGUCAAGACUUCAGUCUGUCCAAUAAUUGUGUGAUAUUAUACAUAAAAAACUGCAAUUUCAUUAGCCUUAGCUAAACAGUGUGGUUUGUACUUGGCCUGUAUAUAGAUGAAAGUAGCCUGCGGGUCUGAACAGUAAAGCCAGCAUGGAGUGCCUUAAACCUGCAUUUUUUCCAACAGUCACCAGGAGGUGAGUCCCCUAGUUGCAAAGAGAAGUCCAGUUAUAUAGAUGUCUAUGAGAAAAUGACCCUACUUCUCACUUUUUUAAUUAUCUCAAUCAACAUUUUCCUAAUGAGUUUAUGGUCUCAAUCGAUUGUUUCAAGUGUCCUUCAAUACAGCUAGUUGGCUGAUUGGGUAAAUUAUGGUCCCAUUUAGAGUGAAACAGACAAUCAAGCAGGGUUUGCUUUAGGGAGAGGAUCCUUGUGAUUGACAGGUUGCUACUGUAUUGCCAUGUGUAAUGUUCUCGAGUUCUCAGUCAGAUCCGCUGUCACUCAUCACACCGGGGAUGCGAUAGUGAGAGGAUGCGGUUAAAUUCGAUGCUUCAAAGUGGUAGUUCACAAACCAGUUGUUGAUGUGAAUGUAGCUACAUCCAUCUUAUAUAUAUAUAGUCUAUGUUUUGACAUUAAUUAGAAAACAGCACACUAACAUGUGCAACAUGACAAAAAUGAUACCUGCCACACAUGAGCAUGUUAGUAUGUACCACCUCACAGAGCCAUUAGCAUGGCUGUCACUCUUAACAUUAAUCUUACUUAGCUAUCAAUUACCACAGCAAGUUGCUCAUUUUAAUUAAAAAAUAUCACUUUUAUUACAGUGCUACUUUACACAUACCUAUAUAUACCCUCACAAGUCAACUCUAUGUUACAUCAUAGUCUGUUGCAGCCUCUAUUGUAUUUUUGAUUUUUAGUGCUAAUUAGCAAAAGCUAACACAUUAGACUUAGUUACACUAUUUAUACUGUUAUUGUGAGAGUGCUUGCAUACCAGCUUUGGCACUUUGUACAGCGUUAGCAUGGCAGCAGCUGGUGUGGCUGUACAAUGUCUUCUUGUCCUAAGGAUGUAACUUAACUUGGUUGAUUUUUUUCUUUACUGAAUUUACAAAAGACAGAAAUUAGGACUGCAGAUCACUUGUGUGACACCAAAGCACUACUUUGCAGAAGCAUGGAAAAGAUCCAACAUUCAUUUACAAUGGAGCAGUUCCAGGUUGUACGCCUUGAUAACCUCAGAAAAUAACCAGAAAGAUCUGGUUAUUUGGAUUCUUGCUGGGAACAAGCGGGAAAUGGUGUGACACUGAAACUUGUGUAUAAACUCCAAAGAUCCAUAUAUCUGUUUGAGAGAUACAGAAUGUUUCUCAGUCACUUCUUUACUGUUGUGUCUUUUUGGAAAUGAAACUCCUGCUAUUCUCUUACAUGCUGCUGCUUUCUGUAAUAUUCACUGCUACAAUACAAACAGUGUGUAUUUCUAGCAGUGGGUUUCAGCACUCCCACUCUUGUUUAUAAGUAGUUUUUGUGGAUGGACCGCAUUGGUUUCUCCUCAGCACUUUACUGCAGUGAUCGUAGUGUUUUUAAUUGGAGCCAAACAUUCAUGUUGUCAAAUGGAAAAAUGCUCGAUUUUAGAGUGUAGACAUUACAUCCUGUUUGAUUUCCUCAUCUUUUUCCUCUUUCCUUUUUGUGUUGAAGUCGCCCCCCUGCACACCUCAUAUUUCCGUCAGCACCGAUCACACCGCACACACACACAACCCCUUGAAUGUCCUCUCCGCACACACACACACCAGCGGCAGCCAUCUAAAUUUUCACUUCCUGAAUCUGAACCUGAACCACAUAGCUUAAAGUCUUUGAGGAAAAACAUGCCUUGUCCCUCCCCCGUCACCGCACACACAGCCGUACACACUUCCCUGCCCCGAUUCCUUUUUUUCCCUAAAUGUCAAAGUUUAUUACCACCUCGGAAAAUCUUGUGAAGAAGUUGCCUGUAAAAUGAUGACGUAUGCAUUGCCUUAAAGUUUUUUUAAAAAAUUUCUUCUCAACUCACUCAUCAUAAAUGUUGAAUAAACCUUCCUUAUUGUUUUUAAUAUUUUAAUUGUUAUGCUUUCAGUUUUAUUUGACAAAAAAAGGCGAUUUGGAAAUAUAAAAGGAGGUAAACUGUUAAAAAUGUAUUAACUGUUAAAUAAACGGGAUGGGAUAAACAGUGAA